UUUUUUCGCUUUUUUUUUUGUUUCAUCAUUUAUUUAUUUAGCUUAAAUAUAUACCUCGUCAUCCGUAAUAUAUUGUCGUUGGUUAACAAUGAUAGUCUUGUUGUCCAAAAUUGCUUGUCUUUUUGGUGGUGGUUAUUGUUGUCGUGUGCUAUGCUUGCUUUUUCUACCAAAAAAUAAAAAUAAAAAAAUGUUUCUUUUGAAGCUCCGUUCUUUGUUACAGCCUAACUGCACGAAACUGCGCGUAUUUUUAAAAUUUUAUUGGAUUCCCCUCAUGAUUUCGCAUCUUUCCUUUUUUUAAUCAAACCAACCUGUCUUCUUCUACUUUCUUUCCUUUCCCUUCUUCCCAUCCUAUUUCAGCCUAUCCGUUCUACCUACCUUUACUGUACGCCAUCAAAAAACGAGUAACAUGUUGAGAGUGACGGGUAAUCAUACCACUACAACCAGUACUUCUACCACUGUGACAACUCCCACGUCCAACAAUUUAAUGUCUAUGCAAAACGGGAUGUUAGUCCCCAAAGUCGAAACCACAGGUUAUGAUAAUUGUCAGCACUGCAGACUAGGAGAUUUUCCAAACAGUUUUCGUAUCUCGGUCAAAAACAACUCAGAUGCUCGCAGCCACCUCUUCCACGUUCACAAAAACGAAAGCUGCCAAUCCAUCAUGAUACGUUUAUGCGAAGAAUAUCCUGAAUCUUGGAGUAGAGGUCAGGUGUAUUACUUUUAUAUUGAUGUAGGUGGCCAUUAUCACCAUUUAGAUGAUUCCAGCUGGCUACGAGACAAGGAUGUUCUUAUUGUCACAACAGUAGAUGAUUUACAAGCGUUACCGACAAUUAGUUUAAGUGCUGUUCAUGCUUCGUUACGACCCGAGGUUGAAUUAAGACCGCAUCAGAUCGACGGUGUCAAUCAGAUGAUUCACUUGGAAAGAUCGCGUGGUGGAGGAUUUCUAGCCGAUGAGAUGGGUUUGGGCAAGACUAUACAAGCACUCACUGUCAUUUUACGUCGUCAACCACUCACCAAUACACACGCUUGUACAUUGGUCAUCGUUCCUUCGCAUGGGAUUGGUGAUCAAUGGGCUGAUGAAAUACGUUCUAAAACAACGUAUGGCAGCUUACCUUAUUUUAUCUAUCAAGACGACUCGAUUCCACUUAUUGACCAGCCAUGUUUCCGUGUUAUCAUUACAACUUACGAUAGAGUACGAAAUGAAUAUAAAAAGAUCAUGCAAGGCAUUGAUAACGAAUCUCCUCUGUAUAAUAUAGACUGGCACCGAAUUAUAUUAGACGAAUCACACAAACUACGAGCAAGGACAAUGCUUGCAAGCGCUGUCACCUCCUUAAAAGGCAAGUUUAAAUGGUGUUUGUCGGGUACGCCGUUUCAGAACGAUGUCACAGAAUUAUAUCCCAUCUUUCAGUUUUUGGGUAUUGAACUGGAUCAAAAAAAGAAGCAUGAUGAGGAUUAUGUCACCGGCCUAUUGAAAGCCGUCAUGAUUCGUAGAACCAAAUCCUUUCUGUUUAAAGAACUGACGAUUUUGCCCAAGCAGGAACGCCGUAUCACGCUUGAAUUCAGUCCACCCGAAAGAGCACUUUAUGAUUAUCUUGAAAGAUUACUAUACCAUCAAAUUUCUUUACUGAAAUCAACCGGAUAUCGUAAUCAUCAUAUCGUUUCUGCUGCUAUUCUUUAUUUGAGAUUAAAGCAAGGUAAAAGUUGCCGCUCUUCGCAUCCCAACGAUGUAGAAAUAGCACAGCAGCUAGGGGGAUCAGAAGUCGCACGUGAUAGAUGCUACUACGAAGAGGUAUCUGAAUAUGAGCAAGCUCUGGAGAUCAUUGAAAGUUACUACGACCAAUUCGGCAAUUUACAAGAACCUAUCGAUAUGUCACAGCUUCAACGUUUAAAGUACAUCAAACAUUCUACAAAAGCGACAUGGCUUAUCUCUUAUCUAAGACAGUUAUUGGCCUCCGAGUCAUCAGAUAAGAUUGUUAUUGUAUCCCAAUUUGUCGAUGUUAUAUUGAAAGUAUCCGAACUCUUGACUACAGCAAAAAUGAUGCAUACCACCUAUCAUGGCUCUAUAAGUCCCUAUGCGCGACGCGUUGCUUUACAUCGUUUCAACCAUGAUCCAAGAAUAAGGGUGAUGGUGAUGUCUUUGAAAGCAGGCGGUGUAGGGUUGAACUUACAAAAAGCCAAUCAUAUGAUUAUUUUAGACAGGUGGUGGAAUCCUGCUACUAUGGAUCAGGCAGUGGCGAGAAUUCACCGUAUGAAUCAACUAAAGGAGACCUAUAUUCAUACUGUUGUUAUUAAAGAUACAAUUGAAGAGAGCCUAAUGGAUAACAUUUUAGACAAGAAGAACGCCUUAUUCAAGAAAAUUGUUGAGCAUGAAACAAGAUUUGGAAAAGAAGUAAGGACGUUGGAUCAAAUGGCUGCAGACGCGGAAAGUGGAGACGAUACAGGAGCAGAACACCAAGAAACAGACCAGGAAAGCACACUGUCAAACUAA